AUGUCGACCACUCCCUUGCCAAACAUUGAGGUCCAGAACCUCUCCUACAAGUUCCAAGAUGGCUCCGACGGUCUGCAGGAUGUGGGCAUGAGCCUUCCUGCCGGAAGUCGAACUCUUCUUAUUGGUGCGAACGGUGCGGGCAAGACCACGCUCCUGCGCCUGCUAUCCGGCAAACGCCUGGCGCCCAAUGACACCAUUGCGGUGGGUGGCAAAGACCCCUUCAAAGACACCCUAGAGGGUGUUACCUACCUGGGCGUAGAAUGGGUGCUGAACAGCAUUGUCCGCACGGACAUCGAUGUUCCAACUCUCCUGGCAUCUGUGGGCGGAAAUGCCUUCCCAGAGCGUCGGGACGAGUUAGUCGAGAUUCUGGACAUCGAUCUCCGCUGGCGAAUGCACGCAGUGUCAGAUGGUGAGCGUCGCCGUGUCCAGCUGGCUAUGGGCCUUCUACGGCCGUGGCAGGUUCUGCUGCUAGAUGAAAUUACGGUCGAUUUGGAUUUGUUGUCUCGAAGUAACUUCCUUGCUUUCUUGAAACGCGAGACGGAAACAAGAUCUUGCACGAUCGUCUACGCAACUCACAUUCUCGAUAACCUUGCCCAAUGGCCGACUCAUCUGGCUCAUAUGCAUCUAGGCAAGGUGAAGGCGCUGGGAAGUGUGGAGUCAUUCCAUUCCCAGGUCCCCGAGUGGACUUCGGAGAACAGUCGACUCGGCGAGCUGGUUCUCAAGUGGCUGAAGGAGGAUAUGGCGUCCAGGGGGCCUCGCAACGGUCGUGGCAACCAGGGCAAAACGUACCAAUCCCUCGAAGGCAUUGGUGGCUAUGGACAGGAGAAGCCCGUCGAUAAAUGA